AAGAUAAGAGCACAACUGCAAGAACUCUCCCAGCGCUGCGCUAAUGUUUAACUAGAUAAUUCUUCUGUUAGGGGCAAGAAAAGUAAAUGGGCACAAUUUCAUUCCGUCCUGUCAUUUCAGUACUUCAGUUUCAUGUGAUAGAGGCAAGAAAAUGGAAGAGACUUUGGAGAAUGUGAACACACCGUCUGAAUUAAAAGCAUCUGAUGCAGGUGGAAUUCGGCUACGGCUGAGAGACAGAGACCUGCUAAAGAAACGGAAGGCGGAGGCAGAGGAAAAGGCAACAAACCAGUGGGUUUAUGGGGUACAAAGCAUUAAAAGAGCAAGAAAGAGUACCAGCGGUACCCCAGGAAAGAAAGGUCGACCAAGAAAAAAGCAACCUAUUGUUGAAGAGCAGCCAAAAGUAGAGGAGCAGUCCAUACCAGAAGAGCUCUGUGAGGUUCAGGAAACCGACCCUUCCCUGCCACAUUUCCCAACAUGCUACCAGUAUUGCCCAAUGAUCCCGAGACAGUGACUCUGCCACCAGCGGAACCACAACCAGAGUUGGUGCCAGUGCACAUAAUAAGUGAUAAACCUCUUGAGGAGUUUCUGAUCGAGGAUCUGGGGCCUGAUGAGGAAGACAGUCCAAUGCCUCAAGAACGGCUAGGCACUGACACAGGUGAUGUGCCUGAACAGAGUCAAGUCUCCAUCCCAACAUCUCCUCCAGCUCCGGAAAUCCCAACUUUUCCUCCAGGUCCGGAAAUCCCAACGUCUCCUCCAGGUCCCGCUCCUUAUCCAGAGAGCCUACCGGAGAAUUUACUCUGAGUCUCUUAUUUCAGAGUCACGGUGCUCUAGAACGCACGGAGAACAACUCAAUACCCAAAUGAUUUUUAUUUCAACCUCAAAGCAAGAACAAAUUUAAAUGUACUCAAACAAUUUCACUGUUUUGUGUUUACAUGCCGCUCAUCAAUAUAAUCUGUCAAAUGAAAACAAACCAGACAUAUUGCUUAAUUAAAAACAAAAACAGAAAAUAAUGAAUGUAUAAAAUAUUGAACUUUUGUGCCUCCUAGUGAUUGUAAAGUGACUCAAAAGUGAUGUUUUUUUUAUUGCAUUAGAACAAAGAAUCUUAGUUUGUUUGUACAACUAUUUAAAAUGAAAUGGGUUUUAUAUUUUGUCUUUGUCACUGAUUCAUUCACACUCACUUGUAAAUCCAUCAUCCUCUCACUUCAAAUAUCUGGAUUAACAUUUUGUGUGACAUUUAGUAAAUAAAAAAAGUUUCCAGAACAAAAUUAACUAUUCAGAAAGUAGCAUAAACACUAAUAAUAAUAAUAAAAAUAACAAUAAUAAUAAUAAACAAAGAAACUGUAGUAAGCUUGGCAUUACUACACAGACAUUAACAUGCAGUAAGUAACUGAUCUAUACUGUAAACUAUAAAAAUAAUUAAUUCCAUCUUCAGGGUUUUUUGUUUUAGACGUUUUUACAGCUCUAAAUGACGGACCUGCUGAAUCACCCUGACAGCUGAAUGACUGACUUAAAGGGACAGUUCACCCAAAAAUGAAAAACUCAUCAUUUACUCACCCUCCAUGUCUAUCUGCAGAGCACAAAUGCAAAGUGAAUGCUGACCAGAACUUUGAAGCUCCAAAAGGCACAUAAAGGCAGCAUAAAAGUAAUCCAUAUGACUCCAGUGGUCUAAUCCAUGUCUUCAGAAAUGAUAUGAUAGGUGAGGAUGAGAAACAGAUCAAUAUUUAGGUCCUUUACUAUAAAUUCUCCUCUCUGACCAAUAAUGUUAUGCACAAAGAAUGUGAAAGUGAAACUGUAGAUUGAUGGCAAACAAGGACUGGUUCUCACCCACACCUCACACUUAGCUUCUAUUUUUUAUCAUACAAUAAAUCUCCAAUUUCAAACAGCCCUCCUAAGUGCUCUUCUCUUUUUAAGAGUUCUUCUUUUGUUUUUGGAGAGUCAUGGAUAUCAAGAUUUAAUAGUAAAUACAGGACUUAAUUAUUGAUCCGUUUCUCACCCACACCUAUCAUAUCGCUUCUGAAGACUUGGAUUAAACCACUGGAGUCUUAUGGA